AUGUCGACCACGCCUACUCGUCGGUUGAACGUGCACAACAUCAACCAGCAUGUUGUUGCCGCCAAGUACGCCGUCCGUGGCGAGCUUGCCGUGAAAUCGGAGGAGUAUCGCGCGAAGCUUGCCAAGGGCGACAAGGACCUCCCCUUCGACGAGGUCAUCUCGGCCAACAUCGGAAACCCCCAGCAGCUGGACCAGAAGCCUAUUACCUUCUUCCGCCAGGUUGUUUCUCUUCUCGAAAACCCCCUGCUGCUGGAGCAUGAGGACGUGCUCUUGAACCAGCUCGGAUACAAGUCCGAUGUCAUUGCCCGCGCCAAGUGGCUUCUGAGCAAGGUCGGCUCCGUUGGUGCCUACAGCGCCAGUGCCGGCGUUCCUGCAAUUAAGGAUAGCAUUGCUAACUUUAUUGAGCGCCGAGACGGGUUCCCCGCCGAUCCUGCCCACAUCUACCUCUCUGGCGGUGCCUCCUCCGGUGUAAACACUCUCCUGCACAUCAUCUGCAAGGAUUCGUCGAGCGGUGUUCUCGUUCCUAUUCCCCAAUACCCUCUCUACACUGCUACCCUUUCCGUCCUCAACGCCACGUGCGUUCCGUAUUACCUCGAUGAGGCUUCCGGCUGGGGUACCGACCUUGCCACCAUCAAGGCCGCCUACGAGAAGGCUACCAGCGAGGGCACCGAUGUCCGCGCCAUCGUCAUCAUUAACCCCGGUAACCCCACCGGUGCCUCUCUCCCCGAGGAGGAUAUCCGUGCCGUCUACGACUUUGCGGCCGAGAAGAACCUCGUUGUGAUGGCCGAUGAAGUUUACCAGACCAACGUCUUUGUUGGCAAGUUCCAUUCUUUCAAGGGUGUCCUGCGCAAGCUCCAGAAGGAGACCGCAGGCAAGUACGACGGUGUCGAGCUCGUCUCGCUGCACUCCAUCUCCAAGGGUAUGGUCGGCGAGUGUGGCCACCGCGGCGGCUACUUCGAGCUUGUUAACUUCGACCCCGAGGUCGAGGCCAACAUCUACAAGUUCGUCUCCAUCAUGCUCUGCGCCCCAGUCAUCGGUCAGUGCAUUGUUGAGCUCAUGGUCAACCCCCCCAAGGAGGGCGAGCCUAGCUACGAGCUGUACCGCAAGGAGUACGACGGUAUCUUCAACGGCCUUAAGGAGCGCGCCACUGCCCUGCACAAGGCCUUUGACCAGAUGGAGGGCGUUGAGUGCGGCGCUCCCCAGGGUUCCAUGUAUCUCUUCCCCACUAUCAAGCUCCCGGCCAAGGCUGCUGAGGCCGCUGCCAAGGAGGGCCGCACUGCUGACGAGUUCUACUGCAUGCAAAUGCUCGAGGCUACCGGCGUCUGCGUCGUUCCCGGCAGCGGUUUCGGCCAGAAGGAGGGCACACUGCACUUCCGCACGACCUUCCUCGCCCCCGGCACUGACUGGGUUGGCCGCAUCACCAAGUUCCACAAGGAGUUUAUUGAGAAGUACCAAUAG